UUCAGCCGAAGAGAUUAAACAAUAGUAAAAAUGCAAUAUGCUGGUUUAGUGGCCAUACGCUUUUCAGCUUACCUCUGUGGUCAGAUGCUGGUUUGGACCUUACGAAAUGAUGUUGUGAAUCUAAUAAGUAUUUGAUGUUGUGAUUUCAAUCGAAAACAUUCCAUUAAUUAAGAAAGUUACGGUGUUGUAAUCCAUUAUAAUCUACCAGACAACAUUCAGACAUAUCAUUCUGGACUUUUUGUGACUAAACAAUGGCACUGCUAUUGUCUGUUUGCCCGUUGUUCGUGAUUUGUCUGCUGUCGCCCUUCGUAUCAUCUCUGGCCCCUCUCUAUGGAAACGAAGAUCCGCUGCUUCCUAACAAAUACCUGGUUCAUCUUAAGGAACACAGUGAUGUCCACCACACGAUACAGGCAAUGCAGUUUUUAUCGAAGAGAUCUCAGUUUCUAUGGCGAGUGCACGAUAUCUUCCAGCACGUUGUGAAAGCCUUCACGGCCGAGUUGGACAACGACUCGCUUCAAGCGAUUCUGGCGAACCCAGAGGUGGAGUUUGUGGAGAGAGACCAGACAGUUCAUCUUUUGAGCCACCACGUAGAUCCCAUCCCGUGGGGUCUAGAUCGCAUCGACCAGCGGGAACUUCCCCUGGACGGAAAGUACAGGGUCGAAGGUACCGGAGCGGGUGCCCAUGUUUACGUCUUAGAUACGGGCAUCCUGACAUCUCAUGAGGAGUUCGAAGGAAGAGCUGAUGUUGUCUUCGAUUACUUCGACAAAAGUGGUGUUGAUUGUCAGGGACACGGAACGCAUACGGCUGGCAUCGUUGGAGGCAAGACAUACGGGGUGGCUAAAAUGGCCGCCAUACACGCCGUGCGAGUACUGGACUGCGAGGGGUUAGGAUCUGUGUCAGGCGUCAUGGCAGGUCUGGACUGGAUCAAACGUAACGCCGCCCGUCCAGCCAUCGCCAGCAUGUCCCUUGGCGGUAACUUUUCCCUCUCCCUUUCCGAGGCGAUUUGGAGGACCGUCUCGUCCGGCAUAGUCGUCACCGUUGCUGCUGGCAACGAACAUACCGACGCCUGUACGACUUCCCCCGCCAACUCCAGAAAGGCUAUCACAGUUUCAGCCACCAAUAUCCAGGAUAAAGUCGCAACAUUUGCCAAUGUUGGUUCGUGCGUGGAUCUGUUCGCUCCGGGGGUGGAGAUCCGUAGCGCAUCCAUCACUUCACCCACGGCCAGCCGAGUAGCAUCCGGCACCUCCAUGGCUUGUCCAUUCGUUGCAGGUGCAGCAGCAAUCAUCCUUGGGAAUGACCCUAAUUUGACCCCAGAUGAAGUCAAAAUGAGAAUUCUUGGCAGUACGUCAGAAACGGUGCGGAAAACAGACGCCAAAUCUCCAGACAAGUUGCUUUACAUCCCAUAAAAUUAGCGUAACAAUUCCAAGGAUUGAAUAUUAUACACAAAGUAGUGGAGUUUCUCAAUUUGUCAACGCCUAAUUUCACUCAGGGGAAAUGUUUUGUAAAGUUAAAUGCUGAACAAAAUAACAGAAAAUAAUAUUACAGAAUUUUUAAACUGUAUUGAAUUUGAAUUGGUAGUUGAAAUUUAGCAUUUCUUUAAGCCAGAAAUAUAUCUGUGGAUGGGAAUGCAGCAACUGAAAAGACGAACACAAUUUUAUUAUGUGAAUGAUUAAUGAAUUAAUGAAUAAAAAGAUUGACACCAUGUA